AUGAGCCUCUUGCAACAAUCAAGCGACGACGUUGUCGGCGGUCUCGCGCGGCUCACUCCGAUGAACCCGUUGCCAGAGCGAUAUUCGCGUCACAUGCAGACUGUGACCAAGCUCAAGCAGAUCCGCUGCGUCCUGGUGUCCGCUGCCAACGGUAGCUACGUCAUCGACAAAACCUUCAGCGACUUCGUUGAGCUCCGAGACGAUCUUUACGAGACGUGCACAUCAUCCUGCUCGUUCUGCAGCGAAGUAAGCCGUACCCUGCUGCUUGGAGCUUCGCUGCCGGGCUCGGUGCUGAGCUUGGUGCUUUCACAACGUCAACGAACCAAGGCCGUGCAGCGGUUCAUUGAGAAUUUGCUGCAACUCGCAACUUCCUGCCCCAUCGUCGACUACUACACUUGUCCGUGCCAGGAGCAACUUCCACGAGAACUCUUCUUGUUCCUCUUCGGAGAGUCCGGCCCGUUGGGUUAA